AUGAGUAUCGAAGAUAAAGAGAAACCCAUAAGCAAUGUGCAAACUGCGGAUGAUAACGAGCCAGAAGAAUCUUACUUUGGCUAUGGCCCAUUCCGUCCUAAAUGCUUACAAUUCUUAAAUCAUCGGUGGUGCCUAAUUCUUAUCGUCUGUUUGCAAGUAUUUGUUUCCGGAAUGAUGAUAUCAGCAUUUGUAGGUGUUACUGUUAGUUCUAUCGAAAAGCGAUUUCAUCUAAGAAGUGCAGAAGUCGGCGGCUUACCAGCAGGUGAAGAAAUUUCUGCCGCUGUAACUGGUUUCAUUGCAAGUUAUUAUGCUGGUCAAAGACAUAAGGGUCGAUUUUUAAGUGCUGGUGCAUUAGCUACCGGAAUUGGCGCUAUCGUCUAUUCCUUACCUCAUUUCUUUGCUGGCGAAUAUCAGCCUAUCAGUACAGCUUCAAAUUAUACUGACUUAUGUGUAGCUAAAUCGGCAUCUUUUGCAGCUGAAGUAUGCGCAGCAGAAUCAGUAGGUAGUAAUGCCUAUGUUCGAAAUUUCUUUUUCGUAUUUAUACUGGGUCAAUUAAUUAUGGGAGCCGGUAAUAACUUAUUGUGGAACAUUGGAUGCGCCUAUGUCAGCGAAAAUGUCCACCCAAAAUCAUCUGCCAUGUAUAUCGCAGCGAUGAUGACGGUAUCAACACUUGGUCCAUCAAUCGGUUAUAUCGCUGGAGGAAAUAUUUUAACAAUCUAUAUAAACACACCAAAAUCUCCACCAGAAGGUAUUACUAUAUUCGAUGCACGGUGGAUUGGAGCCUGGUGGAUAUUAUUUCUGAUCGCUGGUGGUGGCCUUAUUCUUAUUUCAAUACCGCUAUUUGGAUUUCCACGAUUUUUACCUGGAUAUAAGAAAUUUAAAAGGCUACGUCUAGAAGAAGCUGCAGAAACAGCUAAAGUUGAUAACGAAUAUGGUCACAGCAUUAAGGAGAUCCCUAAAGCAACGAAAGAAUUAAUCACUAAUGUGCCGUAUAUGUUGCUGGUAGCUGGUUUAAUAUUUGAAUAUAUAGUAGUUUCCGGAAUUGGAUUAUUUUUCGUUAAAAUUCUUGAGGCACAAUUUCGUUUGCCAGCAUAUGAGGCUAGUUCGAUUCUAGGCUAUAUUGGGUUAGGUGGUGGUGCAACAGGAAUGUUAUUGGGCGGUAUUCUCAUGAGAGUAUUUAAUAUGAACGGAUCGAAAGCUACUUUCUUAACCAUGAUUUUAAGUAUCAUUGAUGUUCUUGCGGCAUUUUGGUUAUUGUUUAGCUGUGAAAAUCUUCCAUUUGCUGGUGUUAACAGUGCUUAUCCUUUAACACCGACAUCAUCUAUACCAGAAUUCGGUAAACCCAUACUAGCUGCUACAUGUAAUAAUGAUUGCAUGUGUAAAGGCGUCAAAUUCAAUCCUAUAUGUGGUGUGGAUAGAGUAACCUACUUUUCGCCAUGCCAUGCCGGUUGUACUAGUGGCAUCUAUAAUCCCACAUAUUUAACCACCAGCUAUGCAAAUUGUAGCUGUAUUAAAAAUGUCAAUCAAACAACGGUACGAUUCGAUGCUGUAAGUGGAGCAUGCACUGAACCGUGUCCAUAUUUAACACCAUUCGCCAUUGGUUUGACUAUAUCAAUCGCAGCUGCUGCCAGUAAAAUCGUACCAUCAACAGAGGCAAUGCUAAGGAGUGUACCAGAAAGUCAGCGAGCAUAUGCAAUGGGUUUUAAUUGGGUGUUUUUAAGAUUAAUAGCUAGUAUACCUGGUCCAAUUAUUGUUGGUGCAUUUAUUGAUCGCUCAUGUACUUUGUGGACAAAGGAUUGUGAUGGGUCAUCAACUUGUUGGGUAUAUGAUAGCAGGUCUAUCUCUUACCAUGUUGUGGGAACAAUUGCGGUUAUCAAGUUUUUAGGCGCUAUUUGUUUCUUUAUUAGUUGGCGAUAUUAUAAACAUGAUGAUACAAAAAGGAAUUCUACAGAGGAAGAAGAAAAAGAGAAUAGAAUGCUGUAG